AUGGCGGAGAUUCCGGAAUUGGAUCCGUCAUCGAGUUUUGAGGCUUUGAAUUCGGAAGAGAAGAGCAGAGGAAGCGAGAGAAUUUCAGUUUCCGAUCACAUAAACACAUUCGAGAAACCCGAUAGCUUUGUGAUUGAUAUGGAUGCCUUUUCUUCCGCCAUCCACAAAGAUCCUACCAAUGCAAAUUCGAGAAUUGCGGACACAGGUACACUUGUUGGGCCCUGCGCGCCCGAAAAGCCAGCGGAGAUGGCAGUAGGGUCCAUGGAUUAUUCCAUCAACCCACACGUCUAUCAGCAGAUUGCUAUGACAACCAAUAACAUCAGUGGCAACCCCACAGAAAGCAAAUGUAGUAUAACUCGGAGAAAUAGUUUCAGACGACCUUCUUCAUGGGCCCUUGAUCCUAAAAGGGUUCUACUUUUCUUUGCCACCUUGUCUAGCAUGGGAACAAUGUUGCUGAUAUACUUCACUCUCACAAGCAAGAAACAAAGUUCAGAUGAAUACAGGGGUGAUUGGAAGCAGUGA